AUGCAGAUUCCACACCCCACAGAGGCUUAUCGAAGACGUAGGCCCCAGGCCCCAUCGGAUCCCAAUUGUCCCAGGAAUAGUAGGAAACUGGUUGGGAUGCGGUGGUACGUCGGAGACAAUAUGGCUCAUACGAGCACAGCCUCACCGGACACCGUUAUCUCUGCACUUGCCGCAAUUCACCCGGAAUCCAAAGAGAUGGAACCAAAGAUGUGGAUGGAUAGAGUGAACCAGGUGUGCAUAUCUUCUUGGGAUGACAGCAUAAUGUCAGUCCUUCAGCGUUGUUAUGCCUUUUCAUCUCAAGAGGUGGGCGUGGUGUUCAUGAAGAUGCUGAGUUAUGUUGAGCUAGCGGUGAAAUGUCAAAGGUGCGCUUUUUCAACCGAUGUCUCCAGUCUGCGCGAUAUUUAUGCUACUUUCGUCGCACCUCUGCCCAACGGCAAGCCCACUUUGCAUACCUUUGUGUUCUGGAACACCUUGGGCCAUAAAUUUGGCCAAUUGGCUGCUGGUGGAUCAAUAUAUGUUUUACUCAUGGUGGCGGGCCUGGAUCUGUACUGGAGCAUUGCCAGAGCACUUGGUCGUGUUCCUUUUGAGGUAGGAAAGAUGCUCAGAAGGCCUGACAAUUCUCCUGCAGGGAAACUUGUGCGUAGCCAGAUCAUUCCGAUCAUUGCCUUUAUGAGAGAGAAGCUCCCUCUUUCCUUUGAGAAUCGCUUCUGCAUCGAUUUCAACAUCUUACACGGACUCUCUGCUACAGUGGAUUGCACGUCCUUGAAAGAUUCAGAUAGGUUCUUUGAUUGCUUGGAAAGGAAUGACUAUAAGUUCCCAUCAAGAUCGUGUUCUUCCUGGAAGCCCUGCUUGACUCCAGUCCUAGACGACCUCCUGCCAGUUUUCAACAUAGUGGCUACAGCUGAUGGCUGGAAUCCGAACGUCAAUUCAUCAAAGUAUAAUGCCUCAGAUGGGCAAGGGCUUUUCGCUGACAUCAAUAUGGAGAUCGCUGUAGUGGCUACGCAAUUCGAUCCUUCUUUAUCGGAGAACCAAAGAUUCACUGCUGAGCACGAUAGGACGCUUAACAAGGCCUGGACUAAGAAAGAGAGGGAAUUGGCGGAGACCAGGGUGGAUGUCAGUGACCUGUCAGCGCUGCAAAGUAAGAAUUUGACCAAUGAAGACUGCAGAGCGCUGCAACUUUGCAAUGCGGAUGGAUCCCUCAUGGCUUUUGUUUGCAACGCGAUGCCGGACGCCAUGAGAGAGACUCUCUAUGACAGGCUGAAGGCGUCCUUUGACAACCUGGACAUCUUCCAAAGUCAGCUGCCCUGUUCCACCCACAAAAGAGACGAUUGGUUUGAGACAGUACAUUUCUCUUGGUGGAAUCAUUAUGGGGUAUCGGGUGAAGCAGCUCCUGAAGAUGUUCAUCCGCACUUCCUUGGGGCCAGAGCUGCAAAGGGCUGCCGUGAAUUCAACUUCACCCAGAUGUUGCCUUAUCUAUCGCAAGAAACGUUCAACCAUAAACAGCUCUACCUUAAUAUUCAGGCAUCGCUGGCUGAUGUUUUUGAGUGGAUUGAGACUGUGUUUCGGGCCUGCUUGCCCAAAGAGUACAAGGCAUUGGUGGAACUGGUGGAGUUGCUACCAGGGAAGCCAGAUAGUCCAGCUGUUUCUAAGGCCCCUUCCUCAUCAACAUCUACUAAAAAGUUCUCAGCAGCAGACGCAAAAAGAUUGGCAGAACUGCAAAAGGCUCAAAAGGCUGCUCAAACAGCAGAGGAGGCGGACAAGAAAAGAGUCACACGAAAGCGAUCGGCAGCUCUACUGGAGCAAGAGGAAGAGCCAGCCCUCGACACCCUACAAGAACUAUUAACUUUCAAUGCAGAUGAUGAGGAGGAUGACGACUGUGACCACGAAGUUCCUGAAGAAACUCCAGCAUCUCAAAAUAAAGAAUCACCUUUGGAGAAUGACGAUGAUAGGGAGGACAGCAGGGAGGACAGCGGGGUGGACGAGGAGGAAGGUUCUGAUGAGGAGGAGAUUAGUAGCAAGAAGGGGUAUAGCAAGCUGCUGGACGAUGACCAGGUGCGAGUCACAUAUUUCAUCAUUUGUUUAUCUCCCUGA